AUGGAUAUCAUCGAUACCGCAAGCUCGGGGGCUCAUAUCGCAGGCGAACUCAAAAACACCCCUGUGAACUUGCGGAAGAGGCCGCUCGGAAUACCCUCUCGGACGCUGCGUAGCGCACUCGAACAUUUACCCUCCGUCAAUCUGCGUAGGCUGCGGAUUGAGAAACAUGUGGCGCUUUCUAUCCUCAUACCAGUAAAUCUGACCAUGAUAUACAUGUUCACGGACUACACUAAGUUCUUCUGGUAUUUGUUUCCGAUCCUUAUUCUUCGCUCGUGGAUGGAUUUUGUCGAGAUAUCUCUCAUCAUCAUCUUCUACAUCUACCAAUGGUUAUACCCGCAUACUCCAAAAAUUCCACACAGAUUAGAAAGCUUUGUCUACUUGUUUUGCUGCUACAAUGAGACAUAUCCUGAGCUGAUGAUCUCACUGGAUUCGUUGGCUGAGCAGAAACAACUGGAUGCCCAUAAGAAAGCUAUUAUCGUAGUCUGCGAUGGUCGGGUACGUGGCAAGGGCAUGUCCAAGACAGCCGCAGCCCAUCUGAAAGAAGACAUCAUUGAGCAUCCCACAAGUACCCUUAUGUCUGAGGCUUAUACUGCAUGGGACGGUAGUUCGAUGGAUGUCGAGAUUGUGAGGGGUGAAUUCAGAGGUCUCCCAGUCAUCUGCCUCAUCAAAAACGAGAAUCGGGGAAAAAGAGAUGGAAUUAUUCUAAUCCGGUCGUUCCUGCACAAAUUCAACCAGCGCGAAUCAAAGCCCUCGUUGGCAAUGCUCUCGCCCAAGCUCUUUGCCGAACUCACAGGCUUCGUCACGGGUGCAUCCAUCCGAUCAGUGGACUACGCCGUCGGCAUAGACGCGGACACAAGGUUUGAUCCCGAGUGCGUCUUCAACCUCAUCCAGGCCAUCAGAGAAAGCGACCGCGUCAUGGGCGUAACUGGGUACAUCCGACCAGACCCCAAAACCCUGGGACCAUUCUCCAUCUCUUACCUCUACCAAAACGCCGAGUACAUGGUUGGCCAGCACCGUCGUCGGCUACGCCAAAGUCUCACCAGCGGGAGGGUAACUUGUCUACCCGGAUGCUGUCAGAUACUGCGGGUGGCGGAAUGUACCAUGGGCGAUGACAUCUUGGGGAAAUUCGGCUACUACCCCAGAGACACCGACGGCCUGUUCCGAACAGUGCGGUCCAUGAUGAGCGAGGAUAGAGAUCACGUCUGUCUUGUUCUCGCGGAAAACGCUCACGUCCAGACGCGCGUAUGUCUCUCUGCGUGGGCGUUUACAACUGCGCCCACCACCCCUUCGGUCUUCCUGAGUCAACGCCGCAGAUGGACGUUAGGACCACUUACAAGCGAUAGUUUGCUUGUUAGUCGCAAGUCGACAGGCUGGGUUGAGAGAGUCGCAGCGAUGUCUUCUUUGAUACACUUGUUGGUGAAUCCAGCACUUUUCCUUUCAAAGUUCUACCGACGUGUAGAUCCGACGACUAGGUAUUAUCUGUUCUUCUUCGAGAACUACCGCAUGGUUUGGGACUUGUUGGUUAUUGUCGUAUCCAUGGGGUCGCCUACCGAGGCCGUUCAGUUGUUCGUUGGGUCUAUGAUGUAUGGCUAUUUCGCCCCGUUGGUCAACUUCAUCACUCAUCUCUACACUUUAUACAAGCUGGAUGAUUUUCGAUGGGGCAAGACGAGAGUGGUGGUUGCGCAAAAGGCGGAGACGUGA